AGACCAUCUCCCCCGCCAGCGGCCAGGCCACAUGCGCGCGCGCGCACUACGUUCACUCUGACCACGCCCCUCCCCCCCUGACGACGCCGCGGCCGCGCCUCUGUGCGCGUUGGUGAAGCGGCCCGGGCGCGGCACCGCCCCCUUUUCCCAAGAUGGCGGAGUACGACCUGACCACCCGCAUCGCGCACUUCUUGGACCGGCACCUGGUCUUCCCGCUGCUCGAGUUCCUGUCCGUCAAGGAGAUAUACAAUGAAAAAGAAUUACUUCAAGGAAAAUUGGAGCUUCUUAGUGAUACCAACAUGGUGGAUUUCGCUAUGGAUGUGUACAAAAACCUUUAUUCAGAUGAGAUUCCUCAUGCUUUGCGUGAAAAGAGGACUGCUGUUGUUGCACAGCUGAAACAGCUUCAGUUAGAAACUGAGCCAAUUGUCAAGAUGUUUGAAGACCCAGAAACUACAAGACAAAUGCAAUCUACUAGGGAUGGUCGAAUGCUCUUUGAUUAUCUAGCUGACAAGCAUGGUUUUAGACAGGAGUACCUAGACACUCUCUACAGGUAUGCAAAGUUCCAAUAUGAAUGUGGCAACUAUUCAGGAGCUGCAGAAUAUCUCUACUUUUUUAGGGUUUUGGUUCCAUCAACAGAUAGAAAUGCUUUGAGCUCACUCUGGGGAAAACUGGCAUCUGAAAUUUUAAUGCAGAACUGGGAUGCAGCCAUGGAAGAUCUUACAAGAUUGAAAGAGACUGUAGAUAAUAAUUCAGUCAGCUCCCCACUCCAGUCUCUUCAGCAGAGAACAUGGCUAAUCCACUGGUCUUUGUUCGUGUUCUUCAACCACCCAAAAGGCAGAGACAACAUCAUUGAUCUCUUUCUCUAUCAACCACAGUAUCUUAAUGCAAUACAGACUAUGUGCCCCCAUAUCCUUCGAUAUCUGACUACAGCAGUCAUAACAAACAAGGAUGUUCGAAAACGUAGGCAAGUGCUGAAAGAUUUAGUCAAGGUUAUCCAGCAGGAAUCCUACACAUACAAGGACCCCAUUACAGAAUUUGUAGAAUGCUUGUAUGUUAAUUUUGACUUCGAUGGUGCCCAGAAAAAACUGAGGGAGUGUGAAGCGGUGCUUGUGAAUGACUUUUUCUUGGUAGCAUGUCUUGAAGACUUCAUUGAGAAUGCUCGUCUUUUUAUAUUUGAGACUUUCUGUCGUAUUCAUCAAUGUAUCAGCAUUAGUAUGCUGGCAGAUAAACUAAAUAUGACCCCUGAAGAAGCUGAACGAUGGAUUGUCAAUCUAAUUCGAAAUGCAAGACUUGAUGCUAAGUUAGAUUCAAAAUUGGGCCACGUAGUUAUGGGUAACAAUGCAGUCUCACCCUACCAACAAGUGAUAGAAAAGACCAAAAGCCUGUCUUUCCGGAGUCAGAUGCUGGCUAUGAACACUGAGAAAAAAUUGAACCAGAGCAGUAGGGCUGAGGCACCUAACUGGGCUACUCAAGACUCCGGCUUCUACUGAAACAGUUCUGAGGGGGAGAAAUAUCAAAUUUUCAUUUGAGAGGAGAAGAUAAAUAUAUUGUGUACCUUUUCUCAAAGAGCUAAUUCUGGGAAUUUGCAAUACAUGAUGAUUUGAAUAAAAUUGGGUACUUUUAA